AGUCAGCUGCCACUGCUGGACCCAGGUCCAGGUGGGCGGGUGGAUGGGCGGGAACCACACCUGAGGGCACCAGGACACAAGCUUCCUCCUUGCUGUUGCUGCAGGCACUGUCCCAGGUGUGGGACAGCUGGCACAGUCACCCACCCCCGGAGACCACGGUGCCCCUGCAACACAGUGAGGAGGUCCCGCACUGGCAUACACACCAUGGGUUCCUCUUGCAAGGAGCGGGCAUUCACAACCCUGCUGGUGGUUGCAACCCUGUCCAGCCUCCUCACGCUCAUUCUCAUCCUGGUGGAAACCACCACCAUUCUCCUGCCCGCGAACAUCAAGUACGGGGUAGUCUUUGAUGCUGGGUCCUCGCACACAUCCCUCUUCGUGUACCAGUGGCCAGCAGAUAAGGAGAAUGACACCGGUGUGGUGAGCCAGAGCCUGGUGUGCCAGGUGGAAGGGCCUGGAAUCUCCUUCUACGCCCACAACCCUGCCAAGGCUGGGGAGAGCCUUCGAGACUGCCUGGACCAGGCGCUGACGCACAUCCCCAAAGACAAGUGGCAAGGGACACCCCUGUUCCUGGGAGCCACAGCAGGCAUGAGGCUGCUGAGCCAGAAGAACAUGUCCCAGGCCACAGGCAUCUUUGAGGCCAUCAGCCAGGUGCUCAGCGAGUCUCCUCUGGAUUUCUGGGGUGCCAAUCUCCUGUCUGGGCAGGACGAAGGCUCCUUAGGCUGGAUCACCAUCAACUAUGUCCUGGACAAGCUGGUCAAGUACUCCUUCACUGGGCAGUGGAUCCGGCCCCAGGAAGGCACCCUGGUGGGCGCUCUGGACAUGGGUGGGGCUUCCACUCAGAUCACCUUCCUGCCCGAAAGGCCCAUCCAAGACAAGAGCACGGAGGUCACCUUCAAACUCUAUGGCUCCAACUACAGCGUGUACACCCAUAGCUACCUCUGCUACGGUCGGGACCAGAUCCUCAACAGACUCCUGGUCAACCUGCUCCAACAGAAUAUCUCUGACCACCGGCUCCAGCAGCCCUGCUAUCACAAAGGUUACAACGCUACACUGGCUCUGGCCCCCCUGUACGAGUCGCCUUGUGUCCACACCACAGCGCCCUCAGGACUCCCCCAAAACCUCACUGUGGAAGGGACAGGGAACCCCGAGGCCUGUGCCACUGCCUUGUACAAGCUCUUCAACUUCUCCACCUGUGAGCACCCUGAAAACUGCGCCUUUGAGGGCGUCUACCAGCCCCCAGUGUGGGGCCAGUUCUAUGCCUUUUCCAACUUCUUCUACACCUUCAAGUUUCUGAACCUGACCUCAGGGCAGUCGCUGACCAAAGUCAACACCACCAUCUGGGAGUUCUGCAAGAAGCCCUGGGGACAGCUGGAGGCCGAGUACCCAGGGGAGAAGAACUGGCUGCGGGACUACUGUGCCUCAGGUCUGUACAUCCUCACACUCCUGCUGAAAGGUUACGGCUUCACUGAGGACACCUGGUCCAGCAUUUCCUUCCGCAAGCAGGUUGGCAACGCUGACAUUGGCUGGACACUCGGGUACAUGCUGAACCAGACAAACCGCAUCCCGGCUGAGCCACCGGCCCGCUGGCAAGCACAGCGACACAGCAUCUGGGUGGCCAGCGUGGUCUGGGCGGUGCUCACCCUCCUGGCCUUUCUCGGGGCAGCCAUAGGCUGGCUCCUCUGGCACUGUGGCUGAGUCUCCUCUGCAGGCAGCAGUGUCACCAGUGCCUGGGUCCUGCAUAGAGGAAGAGGAAGGAAGAGUAAACUGCAGGCUGCUACGGGGAGACAGACAGCUCCUGGAGCCCCCCCAUUCUCCCUUGUCACCAGAAAAAUGGUCCACACAUCGUAAAGGGGCACUUUAUUAAAACCCUGAACCCAGA